AUGGCUGAAGAUUUGCGGUUGCACUAUACCAAUGGCACUGAAGAUGAUGGGGUGAACCCUUUCGGCAUGCAAAACACCAAUCACAGCACAUGGCCAGUGUUGUUGGUGAACUAUAACACACCUCCGACUAUGUGUAUGAAGGCUGAAUAUAUAAUGUUGACUUUGUUGAUCCCUGGUCCAACAGCUCUUGGGAAUAACAUAGAUGUUUACUUGGCACCACUGAUAGAUGAUUUAAAAGAUUUGUGGGCUGAGGGUAUUGAAGUCUAUGACUCAUUUGCGAAGGAGAAUUUCACACUUAGAGCCAUGCUGCUUUGGAGUAUCAAUGACUACCCAGCCUUAGGAACAUUGUCUGGAUGUAAAGUGAAGGGGAAACAAGCUUGCAAUAGGUCAGGGGAAAGAAACCGUACUUACCUCCAGCAGCCUACUGGUUAUCCAAGAAAGAAAAGACCAUUUUCUGCCAAAAGGUUAUCUAAGUUUAGAGGUCAUGAUGGUUAUUGUGGUAAUAUUGCGAAUAGUGUUUCAGUUAACCCUCCAAAUAUAGAUAGUUUAAAGUUGCAUGAUCAUCAUGUCCUAGUACAGAACUUGUUACCAGCUGCAUUAAGAGGGUUGUUACAUAAGGGUCCUAGGAUUGCCAUCAAUAGAUUAUGCAGUUACUUCAACAGGUUGUGUCAACGCAUCAUCGACCCGGAGAAACUAACGACAAUGGAGACAGAGUUUGUGGAAACAAUGUGUCAACUGGAGCGCUUCUUCCCUCCAUCCCUUUUUGAUAUUAUGUUCCACCUUCCAAUUCAUCUAUCAAAAGAGGCACGUUUGGGAGGACCAGUACAUUUCCGCUGGAUGUAUCCCUUCGAAAGGUACAUGAAAACACUUAAGGCUUUUGUUAAGAAUCAUGCAAGGCCAGAAGCAUGUAUGGCUGAGGGGUAUUUAGCUGGAGAAUGCGUUGCAUUUUGUUUAGAGUUCCUUAAAGAUUCAGUACCAGUUCAAGAAACAGUUAAUCGCAAUGAAGAUAUUGAGGCUGAUAGAAGCGUGGUUGAAGGUCGACCUCUGCAGAAGGGUAUAGAAGUUACCCUAUCAGAUAAAGAUAGAGACAUUGCACAUCGCUAUGUGCUAAUGAACAUGGCAUCUUUGGAUCCUUAUAUUGAGAUGCAUUUGGAAGAAUUACAAGCUAAUGAUGCUCGAUGUGCUAAAAAUGAAUCUUUGUUAUGGAAAAACCAUACUGAGCACUUGAUGAUCAAGGUUGGAAUUUUACUGUGGCAGAUUCAUUCAGACUCAACAAAUAGUCAUUCUAAGGAGAUAAGGUGGUUGGCAUUUGGACCAAGAAAUGUUGCUUUAGCACAUAAAAGAUUUAUCGUUAAUGGGAAACGGUUUAACACAGAUGCGGUUAAGCGGAAGACACAAAACAGUGGAGUAACUUAUGAAGCAUUUAGCAUGUGUAGAUCAAGUGCUCGAGAUAUGAGACAAGUCGCUGAUAUGCUUACAUAUUAUGGAGUGAUAAAGGAGAAUUUACUUAUGGACUAUCACAUGUUCAAAGUGCCGCUGUUUAGAUGCAAUUGGGCCAACACAGGGAAUGGUGUGAAGGAGGAAGAUGGUUUCACUCUUGUCAACCUUCAUUUGAACCAAACAGCCUAUUUGAAAGAUCCAUUCAUUCUACCUUCUCAAGCAAAACAGGUUUUCUAUUCUAGGGAAGAUGAUAAUUCAAAUUGGUAUGUUGUUAUGAGAGCACCACCUAGAGGCUAUCAUGAGUUGGAAACAGAAGAGGAUUUAGGUGUUGCACCUUUGCUUGUCCAAGAAGUCGAUGAUUUGGAUGAUGAAACUUGUGAUGAUGAUAGUGUUUAUGUUAGGGAUGAUUGUGAAGGCUUGUUAGUGGUAGAUUGA